AUGAGACUCAGCUCAGUUCUUGCUCUCUUCUGCGUGGCCGUUUUAGGUAGGUGCACUUGCUGUUUAAGAACAGGCUCAUCUCUUUUUAGCCAUCUCCGUCUUUGCCGCACCGGAUACCAGGGUUACCAGGGGAAAGAAAAACGGAGAGAAUGGACGUGGUCGUGAACAUCCCGCCACCCGCGGAACCCGCGACGUUCAGGUCGUCCACGCUGACGCCGCCGCUCCCAUCGCUGAUGCAAAGGCGCCCGGAAAGCGUGAAGCCGGCUUCAACGUCCUUGCCAAUAUCGCUGCCACCCGCAGUAGCAACGGCGGCAGAAGAAAGCCAGACAACAGACGUGUGACUCGCCCACAGAACAAAGACAACAUACGUCAUGUUACCCCCAAAAGUUAA